AUGAAAAGACAAGAUAGUAUUCAUAAUAUCUAAUAUUCAGGCAAUAAAUUCAAAGUUUCGUCCAAACAAUCACCUCUAUUAAGUGAGCAGGUGAUAAAACAAAAAACUAGAAACAUUAAUAUCAAAGUACAAACUCAUUAUACUCUUAGACAUAAACUAAAUAUGAGGAUCAAGAUACGAGCACUUUUAAUAUUUUUUAAGUAUAAGCAUGGAACUCAGACCAAUUUAGCAACACUCCUUUUCUAAAAUCUACAAUCAAUAACUAAUAGAAUGAAAUUUUUACUUUAAAAUAAAAAUUACUGUUCCAAUAGAAUCUAGUUAAAAUAACAUCAGUCAAAGAAUUAUAAACACAAAUCCAGAACUACUUUGAUGAAACAACUGAACUAAAAAGGAAGCUGAAUGAAGCAUUAAAUUCUUAAUAUGAACCCUAAAGGCAACAAAAUUAAGGCCAUAUAUCAAAAAUUAAAGAGUAAAAACAAGAAAUCGAAAGCUUGUAAAAAGAAAUCCAAAAAUUACAACAAUAAGUUAAGUAGUUGUCAGAAUAAUUAUCAUAAAAUUGCAAUCAAUGGGAAUAAUUAUAAAUGGCAAAACAACAUCAAAGGGAAAACUCUACGUUGAUCUAAAAUAGAAUUGUAAUCAAAGAAAUAUAAAGUGAAGGAGAAAAUGUUGAUAAAUACGUGCAAGCAAUAAAAGAAAAGGAUAGUAAAAUACAAGAGCUCCAGGCAAACUUAGCCAAUCAGAAUGCAUAAAUUAAUUAAUAACGGCAAUAAAUGAAAUAAUAAGAUUUAUUAAUAUCAGAGAAGUAGGAUAUUAUAGAAAAUCUAUAAUAAGAAGUUAAGAAUUUAGAAACAAAAUUAUUAAAUGUCUAAAAUUCUUAAAAGUAGAAAAAAAAGAAAUAAGAAGACAAAGGUAUCUAAAUUCAAAAUAAUUCAAAAUAGGAUAUUGAAGAAAUUAAAGCUAUUUUAAGGUUCAGAUUAAAGAGAUCUAUGGUAGAACAAAAGGAAAUAUUGAACUACUUAUUAACAAAUGAAGAUUGUAGAUUUUUCUCGAUUUAAUCGCGAUUUUAAAAGUAUUUUUAUUUUCUAAAUAGAUUUCCUUUUUUUUUGAAUGCUGAAGAAUCCUACGAUAUAACAAUGUUUUUGUUAACAGAAGAAUCACCAUAUAAUUAUAAAGUACUAGAAAAAGAUUUAAAAUUUACUGUUCUCAAAUCUAGAAUUUUACAUCUAUUACCUUAAUAUUAGUUACUUACAAUUGAUGAAUAAGGAUAAUUAUUUCAAUAUAUCUCUACUAAGAUUAUAAAUAAGCUCAACUAUUUACAAGAUACUAUAAAAAAAAUUAAAAUAAGUCAAAAGUAAGUGUAAUUUUUUCAUAUAUAGAUCAGACCAAGAAGAUGGAUUUUGCCUACCACAAUAAUUUUUAGAAGCAUUUACAUGUAUUUUAGAUAAACCUCUUUCAAAAAAGGAAGCUGAGUACUUAUUUUAAUUAAAUUUUGAAAUCAGUAAUUCUCCAAUUUUGAUCAAUUUUAAAAGAUUGAUUUAUUUAUUUUAAAAGGAACCAAAAUAUGGAAUAAAUAGAAUCUGUAAUUUAAGCGAUUCAUUUUUUAAGGAGGAAGAAUUAAUUAAAAUCCCAAGACCAUCAUUAAUUAGAAAUUAAAGUGUUGUUCUAUAUGUUUCUCCUAAAUAAAUCAAUACUUAUACACAUAAAUUUCAAUAAACAGAUGAAACAGAGUUAGGAAAACAUAAGUAACAGAAAGCACUAGAAUUUCACAGAUUUAUAGGGGUUAAUAUAACUCCAACCUCUAAUAAAGUUGAAGUUGGGGUUUGUUGUUAAAAAUCAUUUGUGAUUGUUUAAUAGAAUGAGUUAUCGUAUAAUAAGAAAGUGAAAGUUGAUUAGGAGAAUUUGGAAAAAGUAAAAAAUGAAUAAUAUUUGUAAUAACAACUACAAAAGGAAAAAUAAAUAGAAAAGCUUUAAAAAGCCAAAUCAAAUAAUAAUCAAGAAAUUAAAAAUAUUGUGUCACUUUACCUUGAUCAAUUAUUGUAGGACUUUGUAAAUUUAUCAAAAUAAGAUUGA